AUGGCACAACAACAAGUAAAAUUCCAGCAGGAAACCCAAAAGUUCAUGAUGGAGACAAGGGGAGGAAUGCAGAAUGUAAAUGCCCAACUGUCACAUCUUGCCCAAGCAGUAGCUCGCCUGGAAAGCAAACAGGGGGAACUUCCUGCCCAAGUGGAGGUAAAGAAAGUAAAUGCUGUGACACUCAGGAACGGAACCAUGAAGGUGGAUAAGGCAAUGCUCGACUUCGGGGCAUCCAUUAAUGUUAUGCCUUUGUCUAUGUAUCAGGACUUGGAGAUAGGGCAGCUGAAACCUACCCGAGUAGUAAUCCAAUUGGCAAACAGGUCAAAUGUUUACCCAGAAGGGAUAUUGGAGGACGUCUUGGUCAAAGUGGAGGAACUAAUUUUUCCAGCAGAUUUCUACAUUCUUGAUAUGGGGAAAUCAAAAGCACGCGACCCAGUUAUGCUUUUAGGGAGACCUUUCCUCAAAACUGUCAGGACGCGCAUCGAUUGUGAUACGGGCAAAUUGAUAUGCCAGUUCGAGGGAGAGCAAGUAACCUUCGAUAUAUAUAAUGCUAUGAAGCAUCCCGCCGACACAGAUAAAGGAAUAUUAAACUGA